AGCUCGGAGCUUCCGUCACCAGGCCUGGAGAGGCGCGGGAACCGGGCGCUCCCUCCGCGAGGCGGCGGGGAAGGCGCAGAGACACUAGCCAAGUUGAGGAAGAGGGAAGUGGCGUCCGCGGAAGCUCGGGCUGGGCAGAGUGCUCUUGGGGAGAAGAUCUACUCAUUGGUUUUAUACCAAGCCUGACAAGGCCUCAGUUGUCAAAGGUGGCACCAGGAGAAUGUCACACAUAGGAAUAAAACUGUUCCUAGAGCAAAUGAUGAUGAGACAUCUGGAGGUGAAUGCAUGCUUAUACCCACACAUGGAGGCUUUGUGGGAGUCUAAGGGGUCCGUGAAAGAGAGCUCCAGUGACAGUCAGAAAUCCAGCCCAGAGAUGGACAGUCUUGGUCCCGAGAGCGCUCGCCAGCACUUCCGGAGCUUCUAUUAUCAUGAAGCACCUGGACCCCUUGAGGCUGUCAGCCAACUUCAGGAAUUAUGCCACCAGUGGCUGAGGCCAGAGACCCACUCGAAAGAGCAGAUCUUGGAACUGCUGGUGCUAGAGCAGUUCCUGUCUAUUCUGCCCAGGGAUACCCAGAACUGGGUGCGGAAGUAUCAUCCACAGAGCAUCAAAGAGGCUGUGGCCCUGGUAGAGCGCUUUCAGAGAGAACAUGGUGGAAUAAGUGAUGAGGUCACAGCCCAUGAGCUGGGAAAGGAGGCAGUGCUCUUGGGAGGAGCAGCAUUGGCCCCAGGCUUUAAGUGGAAGCCAGCAGAGCCCCAGCCACUGGGUGUGUUCCAGAAAGAAUGUUGGAAUACACUCCGGGUACCACAGGAACAGCUGGGCUGGAAUACUCACAGAGAAAGCCAGCCUGUAUAUCAAAGAGCUGUGCCUGCUCAACAGAUUCUAGCCUUUUCUGAGCAGAAAAGCACCCCACACUGGAAGAUGGCAUCUGAGCUCAUCUUGCCUGAGUACCAGAGCUUAUUGACAUUUGAAGAUGUGGCUGUGUUUUUUUCUGAGGAAGAAUGGAAAUUACUGAACCCUACUCAGAAGAUCAUUUACAGUGAUGUAAUGCAGGAAAACUAUGAGACUAUCAUCUCUCUAGAUUUUAUUACUUUGAGAGAGAGAAUGAGCUGGAGGAGCAGUGGGAGAGGGAGAAGCAGACUCCCCGCUGAGUAGGGAGCUCACUGCGAUGCUCAAUCCCAGGACCCUGAGAUCAUGACCUGAGCCAAAGACAGAUGCUUAACUGGCUGAGCUGCGCAGGUGGAUGAUUCAUACAUGGCUGUACUACUGAUGUACUUAAGAAGCUGAAUUCCACUGAUUAUUCGUUUGGUGGCUCCCUUCAGUCUGUUCUGAGGCCCCAAGAUGGCAAGGAUCACAUUUGAUACAUUGGUCCACAGCCAAGCCUGACUUAUUGAAUGUUUGCCAGGUAAACACACACCUCCAUGUUUUCCCAAGUAAGCUCUCAAUUAUUUAUAAUUAGGCUGUAAAUGUUUUCUUUUCUGUCAUAUACCAUGUCUCCUUUUAGUCUCCUUAAAGCCCUAAUUUCACAUUUUUCCUCUUACUCUGCAACUAUUUUUGUGUUCUCCAUGUAGCCAAUAGGAGGUGAGUCGUAUUCUUGCCCCUACUUCCUCUGAAUCUAAAUGAGAGGCAGAGACAGCUAAAUGGGAGUCAGACACCAAGAGUCCUGAUGCAAGAAAGUCAUGGCCUCUCCAUGUCUAUCCAAUGCAAGUAAGGACAACACAGACCUGCAGGCCUAGUGUAGGAGCUCUGGGAAGCCAGACCAGUAUCAAUUCGGUAUGUAGCUAUGACGUCAUGAAUCUCAUGGAAACUUUCUGUUGUUGAAGCCCCCUGGUCUGGGACUGCUAUGGCAGUCCUCACAAAUCAAUAUACAUGAGUAUGUUAGGAAGCAUUUGUAUUCAUUUCUUCCACUGAAGUGCUAAGGUGUGGUGUGACCAGUUGGAAAGGAUGCUAGAAUAAGAGUCUGAGGUCAGACGACUGGGUGUCCAUGCUUUCUGUUGACCUGCAAGUCCUGGAGCAAGUCACAUUUCUCUAAUGAGCCUUGGUUUCUGCCUCUCUGAGGUAAUUUUACUUGCUUCAUUUACUUUACUGACUGGAUUCUAGGAUCACAUUUAUAGCUAUGAAAUCACACUAUAAUUACGAAUCAGCUUACUCAUAUCCGAGGUUAUUAUUCCCACCAUUCUCAUUAUGGGGUCGAGGAAUUUGCCUUCUCACCUACUUUCCAAUUGUGCCAAGUGUAAGAAGGGAGCACAGGCUCUGUGAUUUUCCUUCUUACUAAGAAGCAGAGGGCAACGAGAAAGAGGGGAGAGGAAGGUGCAAACUGGAACCAGUGAUGUUCAGUUUGCUUUUCUCAUAAUUUGACCUCAUUUGGAUUAAUUUUUCAGAGAAAACUCUCCCCACAGAAACCAACAAUCUGGGACAUCCAUCUGUGUAAGGAAAGGAUCAGUCUGUGAAGAGUAUCUAUUGAGUACCUACUGUGUGUACCAGGCACUACAUUACAGGGCAAGCAAAGCACACAGGCCUUUGACUUUACAAAGUGUACUGUGCAAUGGAGAAGAAAGAACUACUGAAUAAUUACAGACAUAGAAUUUAACUAAUUGUGAAUUUCCAACUGCACAAACAUUUCUGGAGGAUUGCAGUGUAUCUCCUUGGGACUCAUCUGGGUUCUGUUACAGUGCUGGCUAGGGAGGGACAGAGACGCCCAUCAUCCAGUCAUGGCUACAGAUGGACUUGGGAGAAGCAAAACGGAGGUGAGUUAGUUCCUUCUCUAAAUGGGCAAUGAUUCAGAAGGGCUGGCUAGCAUUUUAUUUUCCUGGUAUGAUUUUUCAGGUUGCAGUGACGUUUACAUAUUAACGGUCCUGAAAGAAAAGAUGAGGCCAGAAUUGCUGAGCCUUGCCUGAUGAAGCCUAGGACACAGAAAGUGCUUAGUAGCCAAGAGCAGGAUUGGUGACCUGGAAGUGCAACGUGGUUCAGGUGCCGAAGGAUGGCCCUGCCUCUCAGGAGGAGGCGGAGAGUGCUCUGCAGGCAGUUGGGAAGGCAACACCAAAGGACGUGGGCUGCACGUGUGCACAUGCACGCACACACAUGCAUGCACGUGCAGUUAUUCUUCUCUUUUUUGCACAUCUUAUUAGGAGGAUCAAGGCUGUGAAACUUUGUUUGAUGCCUGUUUCUUCGCAGUUCCUAAAACCAGCCCAUCCUUUAGGAAGACAGAAAAGAAAACCAUUCUGCUAGGACCGCACAGUUCAGGAAGGUCUCUCCUGUCUUACAAAACAAAAAAGCUCAAAAACACAAAUUUGAGCGCAACAAUGGACCAACUCCCCAGGAGCACUUAUUAGAAUGCCCAUAUUAGGGGCACCUGUGGGUUGAGGUCUGCCUUUGUCUCAGGUCUUGAUCCCAGGGUCCUGGGAUAUAGUUCUGCAUCAGGCUCCAUGCAGGGAGACUGCCUCUCCCUCUGCCUAUGUCUCUGCCCCCCUCUCUCUCUCUCUGUCUUUCAUGAAUAAAUAAAUAAAAUAUUUAAAAAUAAAAAUAAAAUGCCCUUAUUGGAGCCCAAGCUAGAGCCAAUGCCUGAGGGCGUCUGGGUGUGGUGAAGAAAUCUAAAUUUAAGAAGUCCUAAGUUUGGGGAUCCCUGGGUGGCGCAGCGGUUUGGCGCCUGCCUUUGGCCCAGGGCGCGAUCCUGGAGACCCGGGAUCGAAUCCCACGUCAGGCUCCCGGUGCAUGGAGCCUGCUUCUCCCUCUGCCUGUGUCUUUGCCUCUCUCUCUCUCUCUCUCUCUCUGCGACUAUCAUAAAUAAAUAAAAAUUAAAAAAAAAAGAAGUCCUAAGUUUAAAAAACUCUUGCAAGAACUUCCUCCUCCCCUCCUGUCGGCACAGGGGAAGGUAGAGAGUGCUGGGCCCCGGUUAAGGAGACAGUGGGGCCUCCACCCUGGCCUGUGCCUCUCUGCUUCCAGGCCACCAGAUGAGCUGGCACAUGGGGGAGAACCCCGCUGGUCACGCCCUGGUGCCAUGAGGAGGACUCCCCCACUCUGCCUUAGUGGCUUCCAUCAGGAGGCCGCCUGGCUACUACCCCCCUGGCCCCCUGCAGCACCGUACUCAGUGCCAGAGAACCUGGAGGCCCUAAGUUCUGGAGCCAGAGGCAUGGACUCCCUGAUGGGAAUGGCAGGGUUCCCUUGGGUGGCUCAGAUCACACAGCAACUGCCCGGGGUAGACACAGGUAGAAGAGACAGCACAGGGCCACUGUGCAUCCCUGGGCCUGGGAAAGGAACCAGAGGCGGGUCCCUCUGUGUCCCUGGGAGCAGGAAUGCAAGGGGCAGUGCAAAGAAGGUCCCUGUGCCUCACCAGACACAGGAAAGGAAUGAAAUGCAGGUCCUUGUGUGUCACCGGGCGCGGAAAGGAAAAGGGUGGCCCAUGGUGGGCCCUGUGUGUCCUAGAGAUGCUAGCCUAGGGAGCUGGGCCCCUUUUAUCCCCCAAGGCCACGGGACCUGGUAACCUCCAGCCCUGGCCUGGGCUUUAGCGCGAGUUGCAGGGACCCAUGAGGUGCCUUUGUCCUUGCAAGGAGCUCAGGGAAAAGUGAUUGGCGGCAUGCCCCAGUCAGGCCUCUGGGGCGCCAGGGAAAGUUGUUCGCCCCGACGCAGUACCUACCUGAGCCACCAGAGGGCAUGGACGCGAGCGACCGAGCUCUAGUCCUGCUAGGCUAUUUCAAAAGGUCACCUCCAGACAACCCUGCGGCGGCCUGUGGACAGAAAAAAGGCACGGGGAUGAAGGAGGGGCGGCAGGAGCGUGGAAAGAGGACACGCGGCCUGCCUCUGUCCCGCCGGACUCCCUUCCGCUGUUCCCCGCGACCCGGGCCAGGCCUUUCCGAGGUUGUCUGGGGCGAGUAGUGCCCUUCAUCGGGGCGCUGGGACAUGCUGCUGGGGCCAUUCCCGCGCCUGCGCUGGCACCCCCGCCAGCACCCUCGCCCCGCCCCGGGCAGCCGACUUGUCACUGGCUUUUAGACGCGUCCCCCUCGCCUUUCCGCCUUUCCCCGAGUGCCUGCUUUGUACAGAGCCUUGUUAUCCUAGGGCUAAGUGAGUGCGGGCUGUCUCAGGCGGCUUUGGGGAGAAAGAGUGGGGUGCAGUGGGGUUGCCCUGAGGGAGAGCAGAUGGAGGGACAGCUGGAGGAUCAGGGCCCUGGUGAACGUGCUGGAGGGUUGGGGCCCCUGUGGGGAGGGCAGCCAGCUUUGAGGUCCAGCAGUCAGGGAGGGUCCACAGCCCAAGGCGGCCACUUCUUGGACGCUUUGCAAGCACGAGGAGCAAUCACCUUGCAGGAGUACUUCCUCUAGGCCAGGGUAGGCAACUGGUUCCAUGCACUUUCGAUCGCAGCAGGAAAAUUGAGGCAGCUGAUGAAUGGUACAAGGAGAGACACCAGCUGUCCUUUCAGAAACAUUCCUGGGGACGCGGGCGUGGCGCGUGCGGGCGGGGUGCCUGGGUGGCCAGUUGGUUGAGCUUGGGAUUCUUGGUUUCAGCUCAGGUCCUAAACUCAGGGUCCUGAGGUCAGGCUCCCACUCAGCCGGGAGUGAGCUUGACAGUCUCUCCCUCCCUCUCCCUCUGCCACCCCGCCCUCCCUCAAGGACAGAAAUCAUUCUUUGUAAAAAGAAACUUGCCCAGGGAUGGGAUGGGAACAGUGUCAUUUUCCAUGAUUGGCCAGGAAGAGCCAUGAGUCGUUUUCUGCUUCACCCGGUCCAUGGAAGAGGCCGGGUACCUCAGGGGUGUGAGCAAAGAGAGGGAGACCAUGUGGAGGACGGGUGGCUGGGAUACAGGUCUUGACCCCUGUGCAGACAUGCACUUGACCACCUCUGUGUCCACCAGCGUUGCCAUAGAUGUUGCACUAAGAACCUUUGGAUGUUGGUACACAUGAGCAUUGAAAGGGCUAUCCAUUCUAGCCCCGUCACCAUAACCCUCUGGCACAUUCUGUGUGACCUGGGACAAGUUAUUCAGUGCUCCUGAGCCACAAAACUCAGGCCCCUCCUCUGUACCCAGGGCAUGAUACUAGCCCCCAUCUCCUAGCUUUGGGUGAAGGCCAGGGGACCUGACCUAUGCAGGAGGCUUAGAGCAGCACCUGGACACAGCAGGAGGAAUGUGAUCGGUGUCCUUUGUUCUUCACGCAGCCCAGGUGGCCGGUGGCCCGCCCUGUAGUGGUGUAUUUUUUUCCCCAAGGAAGCCCCGCAUGCCCUAGCAGGAGGCCGGUCAUGCUGAUGCUGGCUGAAGGACGCACCCCUUGAGUGGAGAGGAAUGAAGGCUCGUGGAUUUGCAGCCUUUGGAGGCAUGGCUGCAGCUAAGAUGCCCAUGGCUGAAGGUGACCAAGGGUCACUCAGAGCCACCUGGACCUUCAGGGUUGCUCAGCAGAGGUGUGAGUGCUGCCCCCCACUUCUUCUGUGGCCCAUAUAUGUAUAUGGAAACAGAAGACAGCCCACGGUAGGCUGGCAGCGGGGUCUCACACUGGUACUUGUGUGGUGGGUUCUCCUUAAGUCAAGUAUCCUUAGCAUGCUGAAAUUCUAGAGCCCAGCUGCUGGAAAGAACAUUUUACACUGAUGGCCAGGGAGCACUGGAAAUGUAGCUAGCACCAGAAUUGGUAUUUUCAUCACUCGGGACUUAAAUGUCUGUGUGUCUCUAGUGGCUCCCCAUAGGACGACAGCACAGUUCUCGAGGGUCUGUGGAUGGGCUGGGACAUUUUAUGUAUCAUUUGGAACUUAGAUGCAGAAUGGGACUUGUAUGUGUAUUUUUCUAAGAAGUGAAUCCAUGGCCUUGCCAUCAGCUUCUUAAAACCAUAGAAAGGCCAGGGGCUGCUGCACCAGGGCUGUAGUGGAAAGUCAGCAAGGUAGGGAAGGUGAGAAUGGUCUCUGGUAACCACUGGUGUUCCUUCUUUCUGAUUUUGGCCUCUCCUCAGCUGUGGGUGCCUCCACCCCAUGCCUACAAAAAGAAACAGAUCAGAAUCUGAGACUGGAGGCCCCAGAGCCACUGUAUCCCACCAGAAGGGGGAUGGCCAUGGCUCUGGGUUGUGCGAUCCAGGCCUCCCUGAAAAUGGGCUUUGUGUUUCAAUACUAUGAUGCCCACUGUGAAGCCUUCUGCCAGCGCUUCAGGCAGUGAAGUGCCCCAGCCGCCCCUCCCCCUCAGGCUUUCAAGGGACUCUGGAAGCUUUGCUGCCAGUGGUGAGGCCCAGCACGCACUCCAAGGACCAGCUCCUGGAGCUGCUAGUGUUGUUGCAGUUCAAAACCAUCCUGCCAACGGAGACAAGGACCCGGGAGAUGCCACUGGGGCUGCAGAACACAGGAAGAGUUGUAGCGGUGAGAGACGACUUCUGCACAGAAGCUGAGCCAGUGGAGCAGCGGGUCUACUGGGCAAUGGUCAGUGACUCUGACCUUGAGAUCCAAUCACCCAGUGAAAACUGAAAAGGAACUCAGUCCCAGACUUCCUUGGUUGUGUUCCUUCCAAAGCCAUCUGUAGCAUCAGCCAGUCAUGGAGAAGGAUGCUCUGAAGUCAGUCCCAGCACACCCAUACCGAGCAUCAAGAAGAAGGCAGAUGAAUACUUAAAACCCAUUCUGGGGAUCCCUGGGUGGCUCGGUGGUUUGGCGCCUGCCUUUGGCCCAGGGCGUGAUCCUGGAGUCCCGGGAUCGAGCCCUGCGUCGGGCUCCGGCAUGGAGCCUGUUUCUCCCUCUGCCUGUGUCUCUGCCUCUCUUUCUCUCUCUAUGUCUAUCAUGAAUAAAUAAAUAAAAUCUUUUAAAAAAUAAAAAAAAUAAAAAAAAAACCAUUCUGUCCUCCAAAAACAUGCUGAGCUUUCUACUUGGUAGGCAACUAGGGAGCCACAGAAAUUAUCUGGAUCUGUCAAAGUGGCUAUGGAUGCUGACACAAGCCACACCAGGGUGGAGGUGGCCUUUGCCAAAAAACCACAUAACUUACCUGCUUAUGCCUGCCAGCAAUUUUGGAAAAUGCAUAAAAAAAGGCUUAGAAUAACAAACUCCUGCCUUGCUUCAGCUGUUAAAAUAAAAGCUGCAUUUUCGCUUCUAUGGUUUGAUACAUUUUUAUGCCCAAGCAGCUAUCUUGGGUUAGUUAAACCGAACAGGGGAUUCCAUUCAAUGGAAUGCAAUGGAACCAAUGCUAGCAUUGUGUGCAGGAGCUCUCAGUCUGGGAGGUUGUGAGAUCACACGGCAAGUCACAUUUCUUCCACCUUUAACCUGAAACAAAAGCAAGGGAGCAGUGAUGUGGAAUUAGUCCCCCUCCCCCGGAACCGAGACUCCUCUCCCUAGGCAUUUGAGGAGACACCCACUGUGUCUCCCUGGAAAACCUAGCUGCUACCCUGGUGAAAGGUUAAGAACGGGCCUCAAGCAGUGUGGGAAGUUUAGGAUACCCAUAUUUUUUAUUCUGAGGCUCAUGAGAAUAUCAUUUAGAAAUUACAGUCUUUGUUGGUUCUAUUUCAUAUAAAGAGAUCAGAGCACACGGCAUUUUAACAUGGGAACAUCACACUUUAACAGCUCCAACCAGUCUUUAGGGUAAACUUGCUUUAAGCUUAUGCGCUCCUUGCUUGCUCCUAGGUCCUUUGGUCUGUAGUGGAACUAACCUACUUUCCUUGAGAUUUGCAGAAUACUGGCCUUGAGGACUGGAGUUCCGGACUUUCCCAGAAGAUAAGGCCUAACCACCUUUGAAAACUGCCCCCAACUGAUGCCAGCAAGUUUGUUCAAGGACAUGUCAACAUGUGGCUAACCACCUGGGCACCUGCUUCUCCUGUGCACCGCCUGCCCCCUUUUCCUGAGCCCUCUCUUUUAAAACCCUCAGGCCCCUCCAGACAUGGAAGAUGGUCUAUGAAACC